AUGAUGACAUCAGUUGAUGCCCCGUCCUGCACUAGGGGAAACUCCGCGGUCUGGACGGAGGCACAGUCAGCUGCAGAGGCCACCGAGAUGGACGCCAUCGAACUGCCGGAAGCAAAUCUUGCUGAGGCGAUUCCCGAGGCAGAGCGUCGCGACAUCGACCCUGACGAUGCCCGCGCACCCAGAAAGCGCCGGGCUGUGACGCACGACGAUUCCGACAACUCCUCCCUGACCUCUGACACCGCGAAGCCGAGGAAGAAGGCGUCUAGGGCCUCCCGCGCCUCUACCACAGAGGCUGUGAAGACGGUCGCGGGCUCCUCCCGGAGCACCGCCAAGCCGAGACCGACAACGAAGACGCAGCCACCCCCUCGUUCGCCUGCUGCCUCCCGGCAGCCUGAUGCGGACGGCUCUGUUGCCCCACCCAGCAUUGCUGCCGCCACCGAGGGCAGACCGUCUGCCUCCUCCACUCAGCGAACGGAGCGGGCCGCUGGCGAGCGGCAGCAGCCGACUGCGCCGUCCACGGCUUCGCCCGGGCGAGUGGCAACCGCGGCACCCACGUAUGAUGCGCGGGAUGCCGCCCCACGCAGGCGCCGCCGGCGCCCGGCCGGGCCACCCUGCCGCUGGGUAACGGACUGCCGUCGACUCCCUGCCGCGUCAGCAGCCGGCAAGUCGUGUUGCGCCGCCAGUGCAACCAGCUGCCGAUGUUCCACGGAGCGGUCGCAACGAGCUGCCCCCGUAGCGGAGGCUUCCCCAGCGGCCCCCGCCGCCCCCUAG